AUGAAUAAUGAUUAUUGUUUAUUGACAUUUGACAUAAGAAAUGUUUGGCAUGUUGCAUUUGAUGUAACGGUUGAAUUUGAUGAAGGCAAUGGAAAUUCCCCAUUGAGCAUUACUACUACUAUUCAACCAUCAGCAUCAACAAGAAUUCUAUUACCUAUUAAACGAAUGUUUCUUAAUGAAAAAGAAUACACUCAACCAAUUCCUUCUUCAAAGCAAUUUGUAGUAUCAAAAGAACCAAAGAUAUCUGCUGAACAAGAGAAAUUACAAUUAACUUUGUUUUGUAAAUUAUGUUUGAGAAUUCAACCAGUACAAAGUCAUAGUGAUGGAAUGAUGGAAUGGGAUUUACCAAGAAGAAUGGUAUGGAAUGGAUUAUUACAAACACCAUUACCUGAGGUUAAACCAAAAUCAUCAACAAUUUAUACUUUACCGAUAUGUUUCUUUUCUAGAGGAAAAUUUAAAUUUUUGUAUCAUUGUGAAGAUGUUUUUACUAGAACAAUGUAUUUUGAUACACAACCAUUGGUGAUUGAGAGAAUUUUACACAAUAAUCUUUAUCUGUUCCAAAAAUAUAAAACUAACAAAGUUGAAGACGACAAUAAUUACUCUCAACCAUUUAUUUCCGAACAACAAACAAAACUUGCUCAUUUUUCUCAAUUAUCAAAUUAUCGAUUUCAAAGACUUGAGGAUUGGCUUGAAGAAAAAUAUUCGCAUCCCGAUGCUUGGCUUGAUAAUAAUAAUCAUCAAUUUAAAGAUGAACAAUGGUCCGAUUUACCAUCAAUUAAUACAGGAAUUAAUGAAUUUCAUUCAUUUGGAAAUGUUUCAAGGUUAGAUCAUCUUAAUUUUAGGAAGAACCAACAUUUACCAUCAUCGACGAAUUUUUGGAGGAAAAUUACAAAAGAAAUAACCACGAAAGAAAUGACUACAAAAGAAAUAACUACAGAAAAAAUAACUACAGAAGAAAAACCUAUAGAAGAAAUAACUACAGAAGAAAUGGAUUGGUCAAGCAUUUAA